AUGGCGACUCAUGUUGAUUAUUUCAUGACGUCGACGGCUGGGUCAUCGGAUGCUUGGUUUCCGCUCCUACGCCCAUAUCUGAUCGGUGGGUCGAGUUGUCCUGUCGCUUUGCACAUCUACGAUGUGGACAAUUCGUACAGCAAACAGGCGCUUCAAAGCCCUGGGCACGGGCAUCUUCCAUGGAUCUUCGCUACUCGAAAGACCGUUGAGGAAAGUCUCUUCGGGGCUGAGAUGACCUGGCCUUUUUCCGUUCACGUUCUGCCGGAAGCUUCCACGGAUGCUGCAACAUGUGUGUUGGUACAUGCUACAAGCUCUACAUGCCUCACGUAUAGAAGCCACUCGAGCUGUCAGGUUGCGAGUUUGCUUUGA